AUGGCAUCCUGUCUCUCACUUGAAGGCUCCCAUGCCUGUUCUGCUUUUCAAUCUUCAUCCGUAUCCACCACCGACCCGAAUGUGGUUGGGUUGUUCCCCUUUCUGCAGUUCGCCUCGAAUGUAGAUAAGCUUGAUUCACUCUUGACGGCUCACGUGCAAAAUGAAUACGUGCAGGAAAAGUUUUCGACUCUCCUUGGCUGUGGGGGAAUCGAUUUCACUAACAGUAGCGAUGUCUACGCUCGGUACACCACCACGAUAAUCUGUAAUGCUAUUAUUCAGAACUCGAUCACGCCCUGCGAACUUUCAGCAGCAGAAUCGCGCCCCCUUUGCGCCGAGACAUGCGCCCAAUAUGCACAAGCUGAGGCAUAUCUCGUCUCAGAUAGUUCGAUUUGCCCCCGCCCCGGAAGCAAUGCACAGUCGCAAAUCCGGGCUGACUUCACCAAUUGUGCCUUGCCUAGCAACUCGUUAAAUAGCCAGGACUGCAUCAAGGGUGUCGAAAACGAGCCCGACAAUUGCGGUUACGGGAACAGCACGGUGGGACUCUGUUCAUAUUGCGCCAAGGGUGGAAUCAACUCGACUGAUACCUGCUGCUAUGGCGCCAACGCCGAGACACGUUGCGCGGGGGUCGUCCUCCCAACAAUAACUCCCAUUAGUUUGCCGACCGUCACUGCCACCGCGACUCCCACUCCAAAUGAGGGUUCCGCCCAUAAUGGGUUGUCAGCCGGUCAGAUUGCGGGUAUUGCGGUUGGCUCUAUUGUGGGCGCGGCCCUCCUCGCGGCGUUGAUCCUGGCCUUGUUGCUCUACCGUCGGAGGAGGAGCCACAGCAGGUCCGGUAGCAUUUUCAAUCAGCCAUCGCCUGCUCGACAAGGGCCACCGACCACGCAGGUUGGGCAGAGUGGGGCGCCCUCUGGUUAUGAGGUCUUGCCUGGCGGAAGGAUAGCCCGGAUGUCUGCUCUGGAAGGCCACUCUCGCGAGAGCCCGUCGCGCCACACGCGGGAUUUGACUGGAUCCUCGGUACCCGGAACCGUGGGCACAUAUCGUGGGAGCAGGAGGAGGGGCGAUGACCAUUCUUCCUCGGAUGGUUUCCGGUCUAGAACUCCAUCCGAGCGUGGUACUAGCGUGCUUCGACCACCCCCAACAAUGCUAAAGCGCAAUGGAUCUCUCUCGAGCAGUUCCGUUUUGGCAGGAGAUGAUCCUCAGUCGCCCAGCUCUGGAGGUAUUUCGUCUCCCCAGGGGCUCGCCAGUCAACAAUCCGAGCAGCUCCCCUUCUUCAAAGACUAUUAUUCCCAGGACGAUAUUUACCCCGGCAGCCGGGUUGCCGUUCUCUGGGCAUACCAGCCUCGGGCUAGCGACGAGUUCUCAUUAGACCGGGGUGACAUGCUCAAGGUUGUGGGCAUUUGGGACGAUGGUUGGGCUACGGGUAUUAUGGUCGAUGAACGUGCUGAGCAAUGGGAAGCUCGCCGACAAGCACAACGAGACAGCGGUGUAUCGAACACAUCCGGACGUGGACGCGACGACUCACCACCUAUCACCGGGGAAAUCAAGGCAUUCCCACUGGUUUGUGUGUGCUCACCGGAGCAUUGGAAGAAGACCAUUGACGGCGACGGCUCAACCGACACGUCCAGUGCAAACCCGUACAUGGUGGCGCCGUAA